AUGGUGAUGAUACAAGACACCUCGUCUUCUCAGAUGCGUGAGAAGCGUCCAUACACCACAACACCGAGAUUUGUUUUCGGUAAACUUCACAUUAACCACACAAUGAAAGCAAUCGCUGCUAUCGGAAUCGUUGUAAUUCUAGUUCUCGUUGGAUUACUGUAUUUGAAAUUCAAGAAAGCAAUGUUUGUUUUAUUGGUUCCAACUUCAGUUUCUGUCUUGACAGUCAUUGCAAUUGUAUCCAAAAAACAUCGGUUCGUAUGGCCUGUUAUCGCCAUUUCGAUGUUCCACGUGAUCCUUUCCUGUUAUGCUCUUCUAAUCUUCAGUUUCUACUUCUUCUUUAAACCAUUCUAUAUUCUGAUGAUCUCCAAUUGGAUGUUUGACACCAUGCACAAUGACAAAAACGCUGCCUUUUAUCUUCAAUCUCUGGCCAUGUACACAUUCUUGACUGUAUUUAUGUUGUUCAACGCCUGGCAAGCCCAUGUUGGAAUUCAUUUCAUUGAGCACAUUCACUCUGAACGUGAAGACGAUGAGCCCCGACAACUCCAUCAGCCAACUAUCGUCACUGUCAACAAGCCAAUGUACUAG